AACAAAUAUAUAAGAAUAGAAAGAAUCGUAAUCAUAUGAUCUUCCGGUCGCAUUAUUUGAUAAGUCGAGGCUAAGGUGGCCCAGUUUUAAUUAACGGUUAGGAUUGAAUAAAAAUACUUUCGUGGUACUUAAAAAAAAAUUGAUAUUUCAGAUUACAAGUUCAUCUAUGUAGUCAAAUAAAAAUUAAUAUUCUAUAAAAAAGAUAUAUAUUAUAUAACGCGAUGAGCAUACAACAAAGUACUGAGUUGAUUAUUUUUGUGACCCAUGUUGAAGCAGAGAAUUCAUUUCUUAAAAUCUGGGGUCAAGUCGAUAAAAAUUCUGCAACAUGUGUAGAGCGUAUGAUCUUACCCUUGGUUGAACAAUUUGCUAGAAGUCAAGGUUGUGUUGGAUCUCAAUCAGCCAAUUUACGCAUCAAUGCUCUUUGUUGUGCUAGAUUCCAAAAUGAAGGAUAUUAUCGAGCAAAAGUUAUUAAUAUACGUGCUGAUGGGAUGGUAGUUCUGCAAUUCAUAGACUAUGGUAAUAUUGAAGUGUUACCACCUCAAGAAAUACAUUUACUUGAAAGUAUACCUGGUUCUGAAUCUCUGCAAUCUUUUCCACCUGUGGCAUUUGAUUUUACAUUAAUGCAUGUACUACCUAUAAAUGGUAUUUGGGAAAAUAAUAUAAUCGAGUCAAUUAAAAAGACCCUAUGGUAUAAUGAAUAUAAAAUCUUGAUUCAUACUGUAGUCAAUAAUCAUCGUUUUAUUAAACUUUGGUAUAAUAAUGAAGAUUUCAGUGAAUUACUAAUCAAUAAACAUAUGGCAAUGAGAGCAACAUUGCAAGAAAUGUUUAGGCCAAAAUGUAUACAACAAUCUCAAGUACCAAUUUAUCAACCACCAAAUAAACGUCUUAUUAGUAAUAAUUGUACUACAAUGACAUCAAUACAAAAUAUGGAUCCAUUACAUGAAGGAAAUGAAAUACAUGGAUUUCAAAGAAAUGUUCCUUUGUGUUGUGCAGUUCAACAGAAACAUAUGAUGCAAACUUCCAUUCAAGAAGCUCUUGUAUUUAAAUCUCGUGUUUUAGAUGUUCCAUCAAAACAUGAUGUAUAUGUUUCAUUUGUAGAAGAUGGUCCACAUAAGUUUUCUGUACAACUUCAAAGUACUUCUCAAAUAUUAAGCAUGCUCAUGAGAGAAAUUAAUAGUCAUCCUAUAGAACCAUUACAAGAACCUCCUUUACCUGGAUCGGUAUGUUUAGGUCGUUAUACACAAGAUAAAGUUUUAUGUAGAGCUGUUGUAAUGUCUGUUAUGGAAAAUAAGUGUAAACUUUACUAUGUUGAUUUUGGUCAUACAGAAGUGUUACCAUACACAGAUAUUUUCCAAUUACCACCUCAUUUUAUUAAUCCAAGAGUACUUUCAAUUCGAUUUACAUUAAGUGGUGUACAUGAAUUAAAUGUUACUGAUAAAAUGAAAGAAUAUUUUAAGCAAAUAGUAUCAGGAAAACUACUUGUAUUGCAUGUUCGGCCACCAGAAGGACCACCUUUAGUACAAUAUGGUGACUUAUAUGAUGAUGGAAAAAAUAUAAAAGAUAUCUUAAGACAAGCAUUUCCAACACCAGUUAUAGUGACAUCCAUCAGUUCAUCUUUUGCAUAUCAAAAACCAAAAAAAUUAUCAAAAGGUGUUGUAGAAAUUGUACUUGUUUCAUUUGUGGAAUCUUUUAGAAAGUUUUUUGUACAAGUGGAGGAUUAUAUUACAUCUUUAGAAUUAACAAUGAAUAAUUUAGCAGAUUUUUGUAAGACUGCACCUACUUUGAGCCUAACACAAUUAAAAAUUGGUCUUCCGUGUGCUGCUUUAUAUGAUAAUCAAUGGUAUAGAGCACAAAUUUUAGGUAUAAAUGGAGAUAAUAUAAAGGUUUUAUAUAUUGAUUAUGGCAAUGAAGAAACUGUAAGUUUAACGUCUCUCCGUUUAAUUCGCGAUGAUUUAAUAAAAAAAUUGCCAGCUCAAGCUAUAAAAUGCAUUUUAAAUGGCUGGGAACUUUUACCAUGUACCCAGGAAAUUCAUAAUCAGUUUGAGUUAUUAAUUUUAGAAAAACGUUUACGUUUAAAAGUUAUAGAUGUGAAUUUAGAUGGCAUUAUAGUAGAUUUGUAUGGAGCGGAGCAAAAUGAUAAUAUUAAAUCUCAAAUGUUAGAUAUAAUUAAAAAUCAAGAAAAAAUAAUAAAUGAACCACUAAAUUAUCAAGAUAUAGAAAAUCAUUCUACUAAAAUGACUUCAAAAAUUGAUCAAAGUGAGGAUACAAAUAAAUGGCAUAAAAGGAAUCAAUCAGAUUCGUGGCAUCAAGAAAAAAAUAAGUUUAAAACUUGGAAAGAUGAAUCAAAUGAAGAAAAAAUACAAGAAAAUAAAAAUGAAAAAAGUAGUAGUUUUCAUCGUAAUGAUAUACGAAAUGAAAGAUUCAAUAGAGAUGAUUUUUCUAACAACAGGAAUACAAAAGAUAAGUGGAACAAUAGACAUGAACAUAAUGAUUCAUUUAAAAAUGGGAAGAGUACUAGAGGUGGUAGAAAUAGAACUUCAGGAUAUACACCUAAAAAUUCUUCUGAUAAAAGUUGGAGUGAUAAAGAUUCUGAUACAUCAUCCAGAGGUAGUAGCAGACGUGGAAGAAGUAGUAAUACUCGUGGUAGUUAUUCUAGACGUGAAAAUAUUUCUGGAAAACUGCAAAAUAGUAAAUUUAAUGAUAAAAAUAAUGAUGGAAGUUUUAAAGGUGGAAAAAUGAAUAGUGAUUCUUAUCAUGGAAAUAGAGACCGAUUUAAAGAAAGAAAAGGACAAGGAUAUAGGUUAACACAAAAUAAGAUAAAUGAUAGUUUUACAUCUGAUGAAGAAGGACGAAAAUAUAGUCCUAUGCGAAAUAAAAAUGAAUUUUAUAUUCCAUGUCCUAGAAUAAUUAUUGGAACUACAAGAAUUUGUGAAGUAGUUUUUAUAAAUAAUCUUUCCGAUUUUUUUGUACAAUUACAUUCUGAUUAUGUCGCCUUGGAUUCUAUAAUGGAUAAUAUUGCAUCAAUAUAUGAAAUUGGAGGAGAAUUAAUGAAAGAAUCUGAUAUAUCAAAUGGAACAUAUUGUAUUGCUCAAUACUCAGAAGAUCUGAAAUGGUAUAGAGCUGUGAUCAAAUCCACUAUAAAAAACAAUGCAAUUGUACAAUUCAUAGAUUAUGGUAAUACAGAAACAGUUAAAUUUGAUAAAAUUAAAUCUAUUCAAAAAGAGUUUUUGAAACUUCCAAUACAAGCUGUACAUUGUAAAUUAUUUGGUGUAAAGGAUAAUCUUGACAAAGAUAAAAUAAAAAAAUUUGAAGAUGCAGUUAUAGGUAAAACAUUAAAAGCAGAAUUUAUAAAUGAAGAAAAUGGCAUAUACAAUAUCUUAUUGGAAGAAAAUAUUGAUAAUUGUUCAACAAAUACUUUUAUAAACCAAGAAUUUUGCGAAAAUAUAGAUUUGCCAAAAGUAAAAGAAGAUAAAAUAUCCAAUAAAAUAUUUAUUUCUAGUAUAAGACAAUUUAAUGAACCUGAUUAUGUAUCUUUGGAUGCUGUAUGGAAUACAGUUUUAUAUACACCUGAAACUAAAAAAGAUGUGAUUAUUACAUGGUUUACGAAUCCUAAUAAUUUUUAUUGUCAAAUACUUGAUAAAGAAAAUCAAUUUAGAAUUAUGAUGAAUCAAAUUCAGAAAAUAUAUGUUGGAAGAGAACCAGUUUCGCAUACAUUACAGGUUGGAUCUCCUAUAAUAGCAAGAUUCUCUGAUGAUGGAGCUCUUUACCGUGCAGAAGUCAUUGAAUUAAAUAAAUUAAAUGGUCAUCUGAUUCAAUAUAUAGAUUUUGGAAACAAUGCAGUAGUUAAUCCUCGAAAAAUUUAUCCAGUAGAAAAAAACUUAAUGUAUCUUCCUAAACAAGCUGUUCAAUGUUCUUUAUUAAAUAUUGCUCCAUUGGACGGUAUUAAUUGGUCUAAAGUUAAUACAAAAGCAAUUGAUAAUUGUUUUAAUGCUGACAAAUAUAAGUGUAUUUUCCAUGAUAUAAAAAAUAAUAAAUAUUCAAUAUCGUUAAUUAAUGAGGAAACUGAUGUAGGUAAUAUGUUAGUUGAACAAAAUCUUGCAUCUUUUAAUUCAAAAACUAAAUCAGAUAUUACUGCUGAAGAUAAAAACUCUUUAAAAUCAACAAUUUCGUGUGAUAUAGAAAUAGAAAGAGUGGAUAUAAAUCUUUUAAAUGGUCAGACACUUAGAGUAAAUGUUUCAAGUGUUGAAAAUGCAUCAAAAUUCUAUAUUCAAAUUCCUUCAGCUAUUGAAUGUGAAAAAAUAAUUAAUACCUAUAUGGCUGACAAAAAUCCUAAGGUGAUGCAACGAUUAUCAACCCAUGAGAUAUGCCUAGGCACAGGUUGUUUGGUUUAUUCUAAUGGAGUUUGGAGACGAGCGGUAAUCAGUAACCAUUCACAGUCCACAGGCUUUAAUGUAAAAUUCAUUGAUACUGGAGCAUAUGAUGAAAUUUUCUCAGAUAGUGUGUUAGCUUUACCAGGAGAGCUUUCAGUAAUGCAGAAUCAAGCAGUGGAAUGCUCCCUUGUAAAUACUAUAUCAACUCCUGAAAGAGAUAUUACAUUGAAAGAGCUUAUUGAAGGAAAAGAAGUAAUUAUAUAUGUGGAUGAAAUUGAUGAUAACAGACUUCUUGUAAAAUUAUUUGAUUUGAAUGGUAAUAGAAUAAAUAUUUUUGAAGAUAUAGAUGAAAAAAUAUCACCAAUAUGUCCAAUGCCCAUUCUAAGUUCUACUCAUAAAGUAUCUGUAUCAUAUGCAGAUCAUUCUGCUAGCAUUUGGUUACAACGUAAUGCAGAAUAUAAUUUAGAUAAAAAUUUAGUUGAAGCACUUGAUCAGUAUUAUUCUACUUCUGGAAAAUUAUUGGAACCAAAAGUUGAUCUUUUAUGCGCUGUUAAAAGUGUAGAUGGUCACUGGUACAGAGCUAAAAUCAUAAAAUGUACAGAAAAUGGAGUUUAUGUAAAUUUCAUUGAUUAUGGCAAUAAUGAAGAAGUUACUCCUUGUGUACUAAUGGUUUUAGAUUCACAUUUUUAUACACCACAUCAAUUAGCUAUUAAUGUAUCAUUACCGGUAAUGCUUAAUGGUACAAUAGCUGAACAAUUAAAUAUAUUACAAAAUUAUUUAUCAAAUAAAGAACUUACUGCCGUUUUUCAUAAUUUAAAUAAAAAAUGGACAGUGGAAUUGCUAUAUAAUGGAGAAAAAAUUAGUGAUAAAUUUCGUUCUCUUAAUUCAGAAUUACAAGGAAUAUCUGAAAUGAAAAAACCUCAAAUUCAUAACAUAACAGUGGGUUGUAAAUAUAAUGUAUAUGUAUCUCAUGUUGAUUCACCUAGUCAGUUCUGGCUUCAACUUGUAGAUGAUGCGACAAAUCUUUCUAACAAACAAAAGCAACUUCAAAUUCAAGCCCCUACAUUUUCAGAAAUAGAUGGAAUAUUAGAAGAAGGAAGUUUGUGUGUUGCUGUGUACACUAUAGAUAAUUUAUGGUAUAGAGCACAGGUUCUCGAUGCUGAUGAAGAUAUUACAACUGUUCGAUUUAUUGAUUAUGGAAAUACGGAUGUUAUUGAUAAUAAAUCAGGAAAUAUUCGGCAAAUACCAGAUUCGUGGAAAGAAAUAGAAGAAUAUGCAAUUAAAUGUAGAUUAGAUGUCAUUCCUAUAGAGUCAGAAGAUUGGAAUAUUACAACUUGUGAAAAAUUUGAAAAUUUAAUUUCUGUUGAGUCUUUACAAGCUAUAGUAGUAACAAAUAGUGUUCCAAAACGAAGAUUAUUAAUAAAUAACAAAAGUGUUAGUGAAUCAUUAGUUGAAGAUCACCAUGCUAUAAAAAUUCACACUGAAGAAGAAUUAAUAGAUGAAAUAAUUGAUCUCGAAUUGGAUCCCCAUUCUGCUUUUGUAAGUCAUAUUAAUUCUCCAAAUGAAUUUUGGGUUCAGGAAGAAAAAUCUGUUGGUGAUUUAGAAAUUAUGACUGAUAGAUUUAUUAUAGCUCACAUGUUUGCUAAAGUCGAUGAAAUUAAAGAAAAUUUAUUAUGUGUUGCUAAAUAUCCUGAAGAUGAAUGUUGGUAUAGAGCACGCGUUAUAUCACACAGUGAUAAUGCUACACGAGUUAUAUAUAUUGAUUAUGGAAAUUCAGCUACCUCAACCGAAAUACGUGCUAUACCUGCAGAUCUUGCGGAAAUACCGCCUCUAUCAAGAAAAUGUCGUUUAGUUAUGCCAGAAGAAAUUACAGAAUGGUCAGAAAAGGCUUGUGAAGAAUUUAUAGCAUUAGCAGCUGAUGGAGCAACUAUAUUUUUAUUAGAUGUAAUCAAAGAAGAUGAAACGUCAUUGGUAAAAUUAACAUUAGAUAAUAAGAAUGUAACAGAUAUACUUGCAAAUUUCUGCCAACGUUAUCCAUCAAUCAUAGAAGAACGAUUACCUCCUUUAGGUGAAGAAAAUUCACCAAAUGUAUUUAUUAGUCGUAUCAAUACACCAGAUGAAUUUUGGAUUCAAACUGAAAGUAAUACUACAGAUUUAAAUAUGAUGAUAGAUAGAUUAAAAACAGCAUCUACUUUCCUUCCAUUAAAUACAUUUGAAAUUGGUACUAUUUGUGCUGCAAUUUAUUCAGAAGAUAGUCAGUGGUAUAGAGCAAAAAUUCUUUCACAUUCUGAAAAUGGUACUGAAGUUUUGUACAUAGAUUAUGGUAAUACAGCAAUUACAAACGAAACACGAAUGUUACCAGUAGAUAUUAUAAAUAUUCCUCCUUUAGCAAAACGUUGCACUCUACAAAAACCAGACAUCAUAAAUUUUUGGCCUUUAGAUGCUUAUAAAACAUUUGAAGAUCUUGCUGCAAGUGGAGAAACAAUGUUUCAAUUUGAAAUUCUUGAUAAUACCAGUGAUCCUGUUUGUAUUAAAUUAAUUUAUAAUGAAAAAAAUAUUGUUGAUAUUUUAGUACCAUUUUCUAAAAAUAUAUCUAAGAAUGAUCCAGAAGAUAAAGAAGAAUCAUAUAAAGAUAAAAAUGCUAAUGAAAUGAAGAAUAAUAAUGAAAAUAAAGAAAAAAUUAUAAAAACAGAAAAAAUAAAUGAAAUAAGCAAAGAAAAUAUAGAUAUAAACAAAUUUCAAGAAAAUAUUGAAAGUCAGAAUCAAGAAAUUGAAAAAAAUAAUUUAUGUUUGAAUACUUCUAUUAUAGAACUUAGUGUAGAUGAAAUAGUUCAAAAUAUGAAAAUGGAUGAACCAGAAGAAGAUGAAGAUAUGUUUAGUAGUCAUAACAACACUAUUGAAUCUUGUCAUGAAGAUAAUAGUGAUAAAAUAGAAAAUGAUUUAGAACAUUUAAUACAACAAGUUGAAAUACAAUGUAACAAAGAAAAUGAAAUGCAAGAUAUUAAAAAUAAUAUAGAAAACAAUAAAAUGCAUGACGAAAUAAAAACUAUGAAUGAGGAAAUUUUAUCAGAAGAUAACAUUGAAAUAAUUCUAAACUCGUCAAAUAUUAAAAAUAUAGAAAAUCUUGACACAGAACAAAAUAAUAUAAUCCCAGAAACACAAAUAUGCAAUAAUGAAAUAAGAAUAUAUGAAUCAAGUAUUCAAAAUCAUUGUGAAAAUCCUAAUAAUGAAAAUACAUUAGAAUCAGAAAAACUUGUUAAAAUACAACAUACAGAAACAUUAGAAAAAAAUGGAACAAAUAAAUCUUCUAUAAGUUUUAGAAAAGAAGAAUCUUUAUGCAUUGAUGAAGAAGAAAAAAGUAAUACUGAAAACAAUAAAACAUUUCAAAACAUUAAUGAAAUAAAUGUUAAUAUAACAGAUUUUAAAGAAAUAAUUAGUUCAGAAAUUAGUAAUUGUGAAAUAGGAUUACGUGAAUCAAAUAUAAAUAUUCAAUGUUGUGAAAAUUCUAAUAAUGAAAACAUAUUACAAUCUGCAGAAGCACAAGAAAAAAAUAUAAUAAACAAUUCUUCCAUAAAUUUUUUAAAAACAGAAACUAAUAUUUUAGAAAAUAUUGAUGAAAAAAAAUGUAAUAUUGAAAGCAAAAACAAUAAUGAAAUAAAUGUUAAUAUAAUAAAUUCUGAAAACAAUUUUGAGGUAAAAGAUACAAAUGAAAAAAUAUUUUCAGAAUUGCAAUCUACUGAAUUAAAAAACAACGAAUUUAAAGUUAUUGACAAGCAAAAUAGAGUUCCAUUAAUUACUGUAACAGUUUCUGAAAAUGUUAAUGAAAAUAGUGAUAUAACAAAUUCUUCACAAUUUGAAAGUGCUUCUACAACAUCAGAAUAAUUAAUUCUAAACUAACUUUAAUUAUUUUCUUUUAAAUGAUAUUAAAAUUACAUUUUCAAAAUGAAUGUUAUUUAC